AUGCGCAGGAAAUCACAGAGCCAGUGGCUCCACAGCAGACAGAAAGAAAACCACCAGGUCUGCAGUGACCAGGAGACAGAGGAGGAAGAACGCCAUCACAGGCUGCAGCCUGGGGUGCCUGCUUCAAGGGAUGGAAAAGGAGGCAUGAGCUGUACAGUCAUCUCAGGAAUAGGUCGAGCACCACGACAGACAGCCAAACAUGCAGAACCAUAUCCAGUGCCCCUUACCCCUCUAAAUCACAAAGGGAAGAGGACAGCCAUUGCAUAUGGGUAUCCACCUAAGGUAAGUGCCAUUAGCGCACAUUCCACACAAGAAGAAACCGAGGGAGCAGGACGGCCACACAUAGGAUUUGAAAAUGGUUCCAAGGAAAUACAAAGCGACAGCAUCAUAAGGGGGAAAGUCAGGCAGCAAGGCUCUGCCGCAUGUUCUCUGCCCUCCUUGAAGUCUGAGGGGAGUGUAGGACAGCUAGCAGGAAAAAUGAGCUCAUAUUCAGCCUGGGAAAGCUGCAACAGAGCCCUUCCUCCUGCUCUGCAUGAAAUGAGCCCCAAGCAGCGUGAAAUCCCUGACCGCAGGAGAAGGGGGAACCUUCGCAAACCGAGGUUGAGGUUCCAUUUGGUGAACCGGUUCACUCUGCUGCUCCUGCUUCUUCUCAGCCCAACUCCAGCUGUUCAGGCCCCUGCCAAUCUCAGUGAACCCAGCCCUACUAAUGAGGCAUUUCUGCGCACCAUUGGGCGCAAGAAGCUGCUGGAAGCCCAGUACGGCUGCUAUGACAGAAUUCAGGAGCUGCCCCCUUAUGAAGGAGAAGGCCUAUAUUGCAACCGUACCUGGGAUGGGUGGCUGUGCUGGGAUGACACGCCAGCUGGAGUGACGGCCUAUCAGAACUGCCCAGACUACUUUCCAGACUUUGACGUGACUGAGAAAGCUUCGAAAUACUGUGAUGAAAAUGGAGAAUGGUUCAGACACCCCGACAGCAAUCGAACCUGGUCCAACUACACCCUGUGUAAUGCUUUCACUUCUGAGAAACUGCAUAAUGCAUAUGCCCUGUACUACCUGGCUCUUGUGGGUCAUUCUUUGUCGAUUGCUGCUUUGAUUACUUCCCUGGGGAUCUACCUGUUUUUCAAGAGCCUGAGAUGCCAAAGGGUGACAGUGCACAAGAACAUGUUUCUCACUUACAUUCUAAACUCUAUCAUUAUCAUCAUCCACCUGGUUGAGGUAGUGCCCAACGGUGACCUGGUGCGACGGGAUCCAAUGCAAAUAUUUCAUCAUAACACACAUAUGUGGACAAUGCAGUGGGAACUGUCUCCACUCUUGCCCCAGAGUGCAGAGGGAAAGAUGGACUCUAAUAACAGUGAAGUGAUAAGUUGCAAGGUUCUGCACUUCUUUCACCAAUACAUGAUGGCUUGCAACUAUUUCUGGAUGCUCUGUGAGGGGAUCUAUCUUCACACUCUCAUCGUCGUGGCUACGUUCGCAGAGGAGCAACGCCUGUGCUGGUAUUACCUUCUUGGCUGGGGGUUCCCAGUGAUACCCACCACUAUCCAUGCCGUUACUCGUGCUCUCUACUACAAUGACAAUUGCUGGCUGAGCGUCGAGACACACCUGCUCUACAUCGUCCAUGGACCCAUCAUGGUGGCUCUGGUGGUCAAUUUCUUCUUUCUGCUCAACAUCGUCCGUGUUCUUGUGACCAAGCUGAGGCAAACUCAUCAGGCAGAAACCUACAUGUACCUGAAAGCUGUGAAGGCUACCAUGGUCCUUGUGCCCCUGCUGGGGAUCCAGUUUGUUGUGUUUCCCUGGAGGCCCUCCAACAAGAUUCUUGGGAAGAUCUACGAUUAUUUCAUGCACUUUCUGAUUCAUUUCCAGGGGUUCUUUGUUGCAACUAUCUACUGCUUCUUCAACCAUGAGGUGCAAGUUGCCGUGAAACGCCAUUGGGCAAAGCUCAAGAUCCGGUGGAGGCAGCGCUGGGGAAGGCGCCGACGCCGCGCCAACAACCGCGUGGUCGCUGCUCCUCGCGUUACAGCCUUCGCUGAGCCUGGUGGCCUCCCCAUUUACAUCUGCCAUCAGGAACCGAGAAAUCCUCCAGUCAACAACAACCCAGUCCAACAGGGUACUGAAAUGAUUCCCUUGAACGUCAUCCAGGAAGACCCUUCUGCCGUCCCCGAAGACUCUGCUUGAAUGUGAAGCUACACCAUUGUGAUCCUCUGAGCCUUCAUUUCCUGGGUGAAGAUAGA